GCAGAUAUUAUACGUCAUUUCGUCUUCUACUACACUUCCCAUGAGCACCCUCUCUGCAGAAGCUACACCGGACAAGAUGGCAGGAAUCGGAGCUUUUCUGAAAAGUGCUUGGAAUAAGGAGCCUGUUAUCGUGGCAUCCUGCGGGAUUGGUAUUGUAGGUGUCAUUCUUCCAUUCAUCAGCCCCUAUACUAAAUACACAGCAAUGAUGAAUUCAGUCAUGCCAUACAACUACCCAGUUCCUGUGAGGGAUGAUGGAAAGAUGCCCGAUGUUCCUUCACAUCCCUGUGAACCUAAAGGAAGAAGCUUGGAAUGGCUUCAGAAGCUAUAAUAUGAGUUUAAGACCUGUAGCUCCUUCUGUUUGUAUGUCUCUUCAUUUUGCCCAAUUGUUAUUUCCCUACAAUAAAGAUUCUAUUUAAUCCUAA